GGGUAGGCGCUUCCUGCACACGUGAAUGUUGGGUCAGAAUUUUGGUACUGUAGCUGCUGCAAACUUGGUGUCUGAAGAAGGUGGGAAGAAAUCAUGCCCUCUGCCUCGUCUAAACCCCGACCAGGCUCGCCACAGGAGCAUCAAAAUGCUCUCCAGCAAGUCCUGAACAUUGUGGAGAAGAAAGUUCGCAAUUUGGAGAAGCGAAAGCAAAAACUGGAUGGAUAUCGAGAACUAUCCAAGAAAGGAGAAGAGCUGAACAAAGACCAGCUGGAAGCCGCCGCGAAGUAUGAUGAGGUUGUGCAGUGUCUGGAGCUGACUAAUGACUUCAUGAAGCAGUUCCUGACAAUCAACGCUGAGACCCAGAAGUUGGUGAAGAAGGCGGAGAAGCGCCAGCUGCUGGCUCAGCGGGAGGUGGAGCUCAAGAGAGUGCAGGACCUACUGGAGAUUCAGCACGUGCUGGAUCUGCUAGGGACCGACGCUGUGCGCGACGACUUCAAACAGGGGAAGCCUGGCGCCGUGCCCCUGACAGAAGCCCAGCUGACACAACUGGACGAGCUGUACAAGGUCAUUAACCCUGAGACGGAGGAAGGCACCAGUUUCAGCAGCCAGCAGGCAGACGCCAGCGAGCAUGUCUUGUGUCUUCUGGAUGCUCGUGAGAAGGAGAUAGCAGGCACCACAUAUAAAGACUUGCGGGAAUUGCUCCAGGAAGUCGUGAACUGCCCGUACUGGGACAACAUGCAUGCCCAGCCUGAGCCCCCCUCUGAGAAUGGGCCGGCCCAGGAAGAACAACAAGAGGAAGAAGAAGAAGAGGUGGAGGAGGAGGCCCCACCCCAGCAGGUGCCUCCACAGGAGGAGUUUGUUGCCGUAGAAACGGAGGACAUCACCACUGUGGAAGAGACUGAGGUGCUCAAAACUUCCCUGGUCUUUGAGCGCCGGGUGCAGGAACCCCUGGCCCCCGAGCCUCCCCAGGAGCCCCUGGUGUCCAACCAGACGUCGGCGUCCAUGGCCGACUCCAUGUUCGCCAUGACGGCAGCUCAGCAGGCGAUGGUGGUGCGACCGCAGCGCUCGCUGGACGAAGUCCUGGCAACGGUGCAGGGCAGCUUCAACUUCAUGCAGGAGUCGCUCAUCGACAGGGAAACCCCGACCCAUAGUAUGGACCCAGCUGUGGUCGCCGCGCAGCCAAGUAUGUCGGGACCCCCUAAACCUAUCACUCCGCCCCCUUCUGUACAACAGAAAGAACAAUCACAACAGACAGGAUACCCCCAGCAGGCCCCAGCACAGGUUCCGCAGGCUCCCAGGACGAUCACCCCGCCCCCAACAGCCACCACAACACAAACACAGACCAAUCAGACUCUGUACGGCCAGUCGUACACGGGGAACGCCCAGCUCGGACAGACGGCAAAUAAUCAGUACAGCAGCAACUCGUACGGACAAUCCAGCAGCCAGUACAAUGCUCAGAACUCUCAGUACAACUCCCAGCAGAGCCAGUACGGCAGCAGCACAGCAAACUCACAAUACAGCAGUCAGCAAACGUCUACCAACUACCAGACCAGCUCCAGCACACAAUACGGCAGCCAGGCUGUGGCGGGCACGCAGUACGGAGGACAGACUGGACUCUCACAAAUGUCAAACCAACAGUACAACUCACAGCAGUGGGGCGUGGACACCAGCUCACACACGGAGCAGUCUCUCGGUAAGCUUGGCUCCUCCUCGCUGGGCUCUCAAUCGCAGGGCCUGUCAGAUCAUUCCUUAGGAAACAUAGGCUCCAGUUACAACCCCCCGCCCACCAUUCCCCUUCCCAACGACCAGUCCACCAUGCAAACCUCUCAGAGUUACGGACUUCAGGACUCCUCACAAGCUGGCCAAUUGUCUUACACGGGCCACGAGGCAUCGAAAAUGGCAGCUCUAAAUGAUAACAACAGGAUUCCCCUGCCCAACGAGACGCCAACCAUCCCCAUGCCCAAUCAGAACGAUGUUCAGGUCCCAAAAUCGUCAGCCGGCACCAAUGUUAAUGCAGCACCGUUUCAGUCCACGAUGGCGUCGUACUCGAUGCAGGGGAACGACAACCCUCAGCAGAUGUCUCCGCCCCAGGGCCAGCAGUACCCUGCACAGAGUGAGCAAUUUGGAGAUGCUACUGUCACUACAGGAGACUCGGGAGGAUUCCAGCAGUCUGGCCUCAUGACGUCCCAGCAGCACUUCCGCAACCAGCCUUUCCAGAACCGAGGGGGACGCGGCGGUCGUGGCAGCCGGGGAAACAGCGCCUCCUUCAGAGGACGUGGGGGCAUGAAUGGGAGAGGGAAUGCACGCUUCAACAGCGCGUUCACAGGUUUCUACCAGAACUCCAAUCCUGGUUACCAGGGUGGUUUCCGUGGUGACCAGACGUUCCCCAACACGUACGGACAGGACCAGCAGAGGGGCUACACCAGGCAACAGGAUGGUUUCCCCAGGGGAGGCAGGGGCGGCAUCGGCCCUCGUGGAGCCCCCAGGGGAGCCAUUGCUGUAGGAGGUCGCGGAGGGAUGCGUGGUAUGGUGUCCCCGAGAGGCGGACGUGGAGGCUUCAACAAGCCGCCAUCUUCCCAGCCAGGCGCGGCCUCCCCUCCCCAGCCACAGGCAGUGGCAUAGUCCAUCCACAAGCACAACGACCACACCCAUCAUGAACUGACCAAUGACGAUCAAGCUCUCUCCAACACUGACCAAUAACAUGUAGUGUAGCAGACUUGAUAAUGCAAACAUCUACUGUAUUGAGGGGUAGUCCUUUGUUUGGCUCAGGUAGAAACGAGUGGUAUAAAGGGCAGACAAGACAAAUUUUUGCUGACCAUUUGUGGUUUUACAGUGAGACAGAAUAGAUGACCACACCCUCUUAAAAAAACUAAGUGAAUAGAUUCAGGUGCUUUUGAUCCCAUGGCAUAUUACAGGUAUCUUAUAGACACCACAUACUCUCACAGUUCAAACUCUGCUCCCCCAAUCUUGUUGUUGACAGUAGUAUUAUAUGCCAAUCCUCCUGAAAGUUUUGUUUUGUACUACUGUCAACAAAGUCACAACAUUUUUUGAAAACAUACACUGUAAGUGGAUAUUGAUGUCUCUUAAGAAACAUGAGCAUAAAGUAUGUUAAAGGUUUUGUUGCAUUCAGUAGCCAACUUACAAAUUGAAAAGCCUGCUUUGUUCAAAAUCUUGCUAUACCAUGUUUAUACAAAAUAGAUGGUUUCAAAAGCGCCUGACACUUAGAUGUAUUUAAUUCUAAUCCAGGUGCUUCAAAAGAAGCAGUUGAAUAUUUCUAUUGAGCUCCUACCUUUUUUCCUUCCUCUAUUUUGUUCAAUUUCUUGUUCAGUUUCUGUUCAGAACGUUGUGUUAUGCAGUUUGCACCUUUGUUUUUGUUUUUGACUUUAAACUGUGACAUAUUUGUUUUUAAACAACGUCAUGGUAGAAAAAGAUGAAGCGCCGCCAUUGAGGUGUCUCUAAAAGCUUACCAACUCAUUUUGUUGAGAUGUAUGUACAAGUACACUAAAGGGGAAACAUGAAGAGCAUGUAUGGCCAACCAUUGUGGAGACACAUUUAGUUGGCCGGGCAUAUUUUGUGACCACCAUCAGACACCAAGUAAAAAGAAAAAAACUGAAGAAAAAAAAUCGCAAAAGAGAAAAAAAACUAUAGAAAACAAAAAUAAAAUUGUUCCAUAGGUUGACGUUCUUCAGUUCUUUCUUGCACAGCUACAGAUGUGAAAAUGAAAUGUAAUGACGUAAAACGGUACGACCCGUCUGGUUAUCUGAUGUUGCAAGAUUUCUAGAAGCUGGAGACGUUGUUAUUAACUAGUCGUGUGUUGCCACGAAGUCAGGUAUGCAAUAUGAUGUAGCAAACAUAGUACAUUUUAAUGGUCUCCCAAGCGCGUGAUUUCCAGGCCAUAUGGUACAGAACAGUGGCGUCCAUGUCUUUAGAAAUACCAGGGAAAGUUUCAAACUUUGUUGCCUACCAACAGAGUACUGAUGUCAAAGGGGGAUGUCCAGUUUAACAAACAGAAGUAUCUUCAAGACAGGAAACGUGUGAAUAUUAGUUACCUAUUUCUGCCAGAUAUUGCAGUUUGGAGACAAUCCCUGGUCCUAAGCUGUGUUGAGAACGUGCUGUGUUUUUGUACUGUAUUCACCAGAGGUCCUCACCCAAUUCAUGCAGAAAUAAAUCACUUUGCUACAGCA